UUGCUUUUCUUUUCAAGGACAGCGUUUGGAGAGCGUCCUGUCAAUCAAUUAGCAUUUGAUGUUUCUUGCAUCGAAGCUGAGGACUCAUCUAAUGAAGAUUUUGGAUCUACUAAUCUUAGUGGAGUAUAUCGAGCAUUUGCACCCGUUUUGCCUUCUCCUUCAAAUGCUAAAUACCAGGCCAGAGCUGAGCGGUUCGUUGUCACACAGCAGGUUCAGGGACAGCUCUUUGUGGAGAGCUCGGCUCCUGGAGGUCCAGUGUAUAUAGAAAUACUUUCUCCAAUGCCCAAAGACAAAUACGCUGUCGACAAAGCAUCAAACGUAAUAGAUGCAAAAUGUGAACGAAUGGCUAAAUUUGCCGCCCAGUGUCGUGAAGCUAAUCCGGAAAUAUCUGAAUGGUCGACUCCAUUAGCUGGUUCAUCGGUAGUCAUACGGGUUUAUAUAUUUACUUCUCUUCACAAAUGCCCCCAAAUUCGGGAAUUUCGUACGAUGGAGAUUGUGCGGAGUAUUUCCGAAGAUAUGCCUUUGAGCGACCAUACCGCAUCGCUCUUGCUGGAUGACGAGAGGGGCACAGUGGUCAAACUUGAUCUCAGUCGGGCCUACCAUCGGAGAGUCCACGUCAGAUCCUGGUACUACGGUUAUAUACUUUAUACCACGACAAAUUUUUGCAUUUCUCAUGUGGCAUUAUUUGGCUCAUUCGAAAGUGGAGACCGUUUCAUAGCAUCUCGCCAGUUUUUCCUCAAACCACUACCGUUGUCUCCUCUGGAUAGACCUUCAGUAGACGAGAUCUCCGCGUUAUGGUGUGCUAGUGGCCCCUUUACGACUUCGGAAAAUUGUUCGUACGAACAGCUUCGCGAUUUGCUUGAGAUGGUGGCAAAAGAACAACCGCACGUACUGAUUCUGGUAUGGUAA